AUGAACUGCCUAUCCACUUCCACUCUCGACAGUGGGGUCCUAGCAAGCAUCCACCAGGACGUCGCCGAUUUUCUUCAGCGUUGUGGCUUGCAAUAUGCGGAAGUCAUGCUCGACGAAGCAUUGUACACUGAAUGCUGCCAGGAAGCCAUCAACCGCAGCUUUCUGAUGGAUGGGAAUUACUUCAUCCACCCAUAUAUGGCCAAUGGCGUGGCCAUGUUCUACGCUGGCUAUGCACACCUCCCUGAUCGUGCGACCAGCAUGUGGAUCUGCCUCUUUACUGGCGCCAGCACCUGCAUCGACGACACUCUGGACAAAGGACAAGACCCGGUACACCUGUACAGUUUCAAUGAAAAUUUUGCAAAUUGUCAGCCACAGGGGGGAUCCAGUCCUGAAUGCGUUUGA